AUGAAGGCAGCGCUAGGCGUGCCCAAUGAAGUCAACUACAAGUGGAUAAGCACGAAUAUAAGUCGAGCAUUUACCAGAACUGGGGACGAUAGUCACGACGCAAUGCCUGCAGUACAGGAAUUACUAGAGGAUGGUGUUCGCGUGUUUAACCUUGCCGGAGACACUGAUUUCGCUUGCAACUUUAUUGGUGCGUUUGAAUGGAUGCACCAAUUAGACUCCCCAUAUACGGAAAUUUUUCGUGCUUCAAGAAACACCGUCUGGAAACUAAACGGCAAGGCCGUUGGCGAAGUCAGAGCGGCUGGGGAUCUCGGAGGUAGGACAGCUGGUAACUUCACUUGGUUGCGCAUUUACGAAGCUGGGCAUUGGGUUUCUUACGAUCAACGCGAGGUCGCCCUUGAGUUUUUUAAUGGAUUCACAAUAUCCCCUAGCUGGGUAGACUAUACAUAG